AUGGCGAAGCAAUCGUCGACGGGAUUGAUUCCAGGUCAGAAAAGAUGGCCGUUGAUAAUAAUUCUGCUAUGCUCCACUGCUAUUGUAUUUUUCAUCAGAGCCUCUUUUGAUUCUUGCAAUUCUCAAAAUUACAUUGAGAACAACAAAAUCAAUGCUGAAAUGCACUCAUUUCAGCCUUCGAGAACCGGAAAAGGAAGUGCAGAAACUGAAAAUCCACUCAGUUUCAUGAAAUCAAAGCUUGUUCUUUUAGUCUCCCAUGAGCUCUCCCUCUCCGGAGGGCCUUUACUACUGAUGGAACUCGCAUUUUUGCUAAGAGCUGUUGGUACCAAAGUUGUUUGGAUUACUAAUCAAAAGCCAACUGAGCUGGAUGAAGUGGUUUACAGUUUGGAACAGAAGAUGAUGGACAGAGGAGUGCAGGUAUUAUCUUCAAAGGGCCAGGAAGCUGUUGACAUAGCUCUUAAAGCUGAUUUGGUCAUUUUAAAUACUGCUGUGGCUGGGAAGUGGCUGGAUGCAGUUCUCAAAGAAAAUGUGCCUCGUGUAGUUCCAAAGAUUUUGUGGUGGAUUCAUGAAAUGCGAGGGCAUUACUUCAAACUGGAGUAUGUUAAGCACCUUCCUCUUGUUGCAGGUGCCAUGAUAGAUUCACACACAACUGCAGAGUACUGGAAGAACCGGACACAUGACCGUCUAGGGAUUAAAAUGCCGGACACCUAUGUUGUGCACCUUGGAAAUAGCAAAGACUUGAUGGAAGUAGCCGAAGAUAGCGUGGCAAGAAGGAUCCUUAGAGAGCAUAUUAGGGAAUCACUUGGAGUGCGAAAAGAUGAUCUUCUCUUUGCCAUUAUCAAUAGUGUUUCUCGUGGGAAAGGUCAGGAUCUAUUUCUUAGAUCAUUCUAUGAAAGUCUGCAACUCAUACAAGAGAAGAAACUGCAAAUGCCACCAAUACACGCAGUAAUAGUGGGAAGUGACAUGAAUGCCCAGACCAAAUUUGAAACUGAACUGCGUAACUUUGUGGCGGAGAAGAAAAUUCAGAAUUGUGUUCACUUUGUUAACAAAACUCUUAAUGUAGCUCCGUAUCUGGCAUCUAUUGAUGUACUUGUUCAAAAUUCUCAGGCACGGGGAGAGUGCUUUGGGAGGAUUACCAUUGAAGCUAUGGCUUUUCAGCUGCCUGUAUUGGGGACCGCAGCUGGAGGUACUAUGGAGAUUGUUGUAAAUGGAACCACUGGGUGGCUGCAUCCAGCUGGAAAAGAGGGCAUAAAAACACUUGCAAAUAACAUUGUUGAGCUAACCACAAAUGUUGAGACGAGGCUGGCAAUGGGGAAAAAAGGAUACGAAAGAGUUAAUGAAAUGUUUCUGGAACACCAUAUGUCUCAUAGGAUAUCCUUGGUUUUGAAGGAUGUUUUGAAGAAGGCCAAAAGUAAAGCUUAG